AUGGGAAAGGUAGCAGCAGGAUUUGUGGUGUUUAGAAGGAUUUCAAAUGAAAUUCAAUAUUUAAUGAUGCAAACGUCUUAUGGACAACAUCAUUGGACACCACCAAAAGGUCAUGUUGAUCCUGGUGAAACUGAUGAAAUGGUGACAGCCUAUAGGGAAACUGAGGAAGAAUCUGGAUUGCUUAAAAGCGAUUUGAAGGUACUUUUAGAUACCAAAAAAGUGCUUCAAUAUGAUGUGAAUGGAAAACCCAAGACAGUCAUCUAUUGGUUAGCUGAAUUAAUAAAUCCAGAAGCCAAAGUUAUAUUAUCAGAGGAACAUCAGGACUUUAAAUGGUUAAAUUUAAUUGAAGCUUGUAAAUAUGGAAACUAUAAGGAUAUGCAAGACAUGUUGAAUUAUUAUGAUAAUCUAUUAAAAAAUUGAUUGUUUCAUCUCAAUAAAAUUUAAUGUUAUUAGU